AUGGGGAAAAAGGCUAAUAAGAAAAAGAUUCGGCCACCGCCAAAGGAGAGGCGGGCUGCUGGCCAUUCUCCCAAGAGUGUGCCCCAACAAACAAAUCUCAAUGUUGAAGAUGUUGAUGGAGUUACUGUAGUGAAAGAGAGAAAAUUGUGUUCUCACUUCGACAAGGGUUUUGAUGCAAAUAAAUUGUCGGAGAAAAUUAGGUCUUUGGAUUCAUUUAGGUGUGAGGAUUGUCGAGAAGGUCUUGGUGAUAGGAAGGGGGCUAAGGGGAAGGGUAAACAAGCUAAGAAAAAAGGAAGCUGUUCGGUUGAUUCAAAGUCGGAGUCGAAAGCCAUUUGGGUUUGUUUACAAUGUGGGCAUUUAGCCUGUGGAGGGGUUGGUUUGCCAACCAUUGCUCAGAGCCAUGCGGUUCGUCAUUCCAAGCAGAACCGUCAUCCUUUGGUCUUCCAAUGGGAAAAACCUCAACUUCGAUGGUGCUUCCCAUGUAAUACACUAAUUCCUGUUGAGAAAACAGAGGAAAAUGGUGAGAAAAAAGAUUCUGUGUUUGAGGUUGUAAAGAUGAUCAAGGCGAAAUCGUCUGAACAGUCAUCAGUGGAUGUUGAGGAUGUGUGGUUUGGAAGAGGCAGUAUCAUUAGUGAACUUAAUGCAGAAGGCACUGUAGCAACCGGUUUAGAGGGAAUUAGUCAUGUGGUGAGAGGCUUGGUUAAUCUUGGGAACACUUGCUUCUUUAAUUCAGUCAUGCAGAAUCUUCUAGCUAUGAACAAGAUGCGUGAGUACUUCUUAAAGGAAGAGGUAUCUUUUGGACCUUUAUCAAGUUCCUUAAAAAAGCUAUUUACCGAUCUAAAAGCUGAGACCAAUUCAAGGAAUGUAAUUAAUCCGAAACCCUUUUUUGGGUCGGUUUGUUCCAAGGCUCCCCAAUUUAGGGGGUAUCAGCAACAAGAUAGUCAUGAAUUGCUGCGCUGCUUACUUGAUGGGCUGUCUGCUGAAGAGUUGACUGUUAGAAAGCGAAGAAAUGCUUCCGAGGAAGAUGGCAUUCCACCAAAACAUGGUCCUUCAUUUGUGGAUUCUGCUUUUGGGGGUCGAAUUUCUAGCACUGUUUGUUGUGUAGAAUGCGGGCACUCCUCAACUGUGCAUGAGCCAUUUCUAGAUCUCUCACUUCCUGUUCCAACUAAGAAACCUCCAACCAAAAAAGUCCAACCAGUCUCUCGAGCAAAGAAAACAAAGCUGCCUCCAAAGAGAGGGGAAAGGUCCAACCCAAGAUCAACAAAAAUACAGAUCCAGUGCCAGCUCAAAGUAUUUCAAACCCAUCAGUCCAUAGUGAUUCUCUAUGCCAAACACAACAAUACUCGACUACCAGAUCCCACUGCCCCAACUGCUGUGGUAGAUGUAAGUGGUGUAGUUUCACAGAAUUUGAUGGCUGUUAUUGAAUCUGAUAGUAAGCAAGCUGUUGAGACUACAAUGGAGCAAACAGCAAGUUCAUUUGACGACUUCUGGAUGGAUUAUGUUGGACCAGAAACUAAAUCAGAUGGGCAUGAUUUUGCUAAAGAAAAUAAUGAUCUUGCAGCAGGUCAGCAAAUUGGGGACAAAGUUAAUAUUCCUGAUGAUGGCUUAACAGAAACUUGUCAGGCUUCUUCAAUUGAUGGGGCACCAAAUCAAAAACCGGAAUCUUCUUCUGUUAAUCCUUGGGAAGAGGAGGUUCCAUUACAGGUUCAAAGCUCUGAAGUUCUUCUGCUUCCAUACAGAGAAGAGGGCUUUACUGACAAGGAGAUUAUGAAAGGAGAAUCUGAGGCUUCCUCAUUGUUUGUGGGCUGCGGCCAAGAUGAAGCGGAAUUUGAUGGCAUUGGUGACUUAUUCAAUGAGCCUGAGGUUUCUGCAGCUCCUGUUGCAGGGCCCUCUUUACGUAAUGAAGUUGCUUUACCGAGUUUGACAGCAGGAAUUAGUAGUGAGUCUGAUCCGGAUGAAGUUGACGAUUCUGAUUCUCCAGUGUCUGUAGAGAGUUGUUUGGCUCAUUUUGUAAAGCCAGAACUUCUCUCAAAUGAUAAUGCUUGGGAAUGUGAGAACUGUUCAAAAAUCCUGCAACAGCAAAAGUUGAACGCAAAGAAGAAGCAAUCUAAAAUAUCUCCAAAAACUUCAUUAAAUGGAGGUGAGACUCAAAUACAAAGUGAUUUGGUGAAUUUAGACAAGGGCAUCUCAUACUCCACUGAAGUUGGAAACUCACAGAACGGAGAUGUUAUAUCUAAUAACCUUCUCAACUCCACACCUGAAGUCCUUGUUUCAGGUAAUGAUUGCUCAAAUAAAAAACUCAUACAAUCUGAAAUUGUUCAGACUGAGAUGGAACCGUUUAUUUCUCAAAGUGAAGAAAGGAAAUAUGAGAUGACUGUAUCACAAAGUUCUGGUUGCUAUGAAUCUUGUAAUGGAGAAACUUUGAGGGGUCCACCUGUUGAUUCUUGUAGUAUUGAUGAGACAAGUGGUUCUGGAUAUACCACGGCUAAAGAUGAGCAGACUGACUCCAACUUCGCUGGAAAUUGUGAAUCAGAUGUAAAUGAAGAUGAGGAUAAAACUUUAAAGAAACUGAAUGUAAAGAGGGAUGCAACUAAGAGGGUCCUUAUUGAUAAGGCACCGCCUAUUUUAACCAUUCAUUUGAAGAGGUUCAGUCAGGAUGCUCGUGGUCGUUUAAGUAAAUUGAACGGCCAUGUUAACUUCCGAGAUGUACUUGAUCUUAGACCUUUUAUGGAUCCCAGACAUGUUGACACAGAGAGUUAUGUAUAUCGCCUGCUUGGGGUGGUUGAGCAUUUAGGAACAAUGAGGGGAGGUCACUACAUUGCAUAUGUCAGAGGCGACGAGAGAAGCAAAGGCAAGGCUCAUAAAGAACAUGGGGGUUCUGUUUGGUACUACACCAGUGAUACCCAUGUGCGUGAGGUUUCUCUGGAAGAAGUUCUUCGUUGCGAUGCUUACUUACUAUUUUAUGAGAAAAUGUCAUAUUGA